CAACUAUUUACACUUAAAACCUCAUUUCUCCAUUAACAACAAAUUCUCUAACGAGGUAAAUAACUAAUUACUUUCAUCCAAUCAGUAGCUAUACCCCACAGAGUAUAAACGCGGCGUUUUUAAACCGGGCUGUCCGUCGAUGUUAGUAUACGGCUUCCCUUCAAAGCCGCGGUUCCUUCAUUGCAUUCCCGACUCUCCUGUGCACUGGACGUUCCAAAUUCAAAUCAUAAGUGAUGUCAGAGGCCGAAGAAAAAGGAGUCCAGAAAUAUGUCGUCAGCACAGAUCGGAGUGGUGAUAUCCAUGUGCAUGUCCAAGGGAUUAUACCUCAACCAAAUAAGGGGGACUUAAGCCAACAGGAUAAAAGAUGUGUGUUCUUAACGGUACACGAUCUUGGGACCAAUCAUUCGACAAUGGUUGACUUCGUGAACAGUCCAGCAAUGUCGGAGAUCAAGGAGCGUUCCUGUUUCAUUCACGUGGACGUGCCAGGACACGAGGAGAACUCGCCAGAUCUACCCGACUCCUACCAGUUCCCAUCACUCCAAACAUUGGGGGAAGACCUCAUAACAGUGCUGGACUUCCUUCACGUGCGUUAUGCAGUUGGCUUGGGGGAAGGCGCUGGAGCCAAUGUCCUCGCCAGGUGCGGGCUGGCCCAUCCUAGGCGCCUCUUGGGCCUGAUCCUUGUCAACUGCACAGCAUCUACUUCCUCGGUGGCCGAUGCUUUCCGCAGUCGGUUCUCCCGAUGGCGAGGAGCUGAUAUCUCCCAGUCUGAAGAGGAUUUUCUCAUCUACCACAAGUUUGGCCACCAAAUAUCGAGUGACUCGUUGGAGGCAGGUGAACGUGACCGCACUCUGGCCGAGUACAGGUCCAGGCUCCGUGGUAACCUGAACACUCAUAACAUCAAGCAGUAUGUGAGAGCGUUUAUCAAUCGCAAGGACCUGAUCCUCCGCGGCUGCCAGCCAGAUAUCCUGCUCAUCACUGGCAUGCUGAGCCCGUACUCCACCGUCAUUGAGAAGAUGUACAAGGAGCUGGACAAAGAAAGGGUCACCAUCCUAAAGGUGGACCGAGCUGGCGAUGUCUUGGCUGAAACUCCAGCUAAAGUAGCGCAGUCUCUGCUGCUGUUCUGCCAGGGCCAAGGUUUGCUGACGUCACUGCCACCUCCAGGGGUAGAACGACGCAUGUCCCGCGCCAUGUCGAUGGAGGAGUACGACAAACCGAACAUUCGCCGUCUCUCUCUCACACCAAGCGUAGCAGAGUCACCCCCGCAUAGGAAACUCUAGCUGAAGAGAUCCGACUCCUUACUCGAGGAGACGGUGUAAGGGGACUUUGAAGUAGGGGCGUUCUAGAAUGUGUAGUUUUCUGUAUAAAACAUAGAUGGCGUUACUUGCACGUAGUAGAAGUUCAUUGCAUGUUAACGUUUACCCAUCCGUAAAAAGCUUAAGUAGAUUUUUGAUUUUAUUAGAAAAGGUAAUUACGUUGAUAUAAUAGUAAAGGAAUUAACAGAUGAUGUAAAAUAAUGUGCUAAUACACAGAUAAUAAAAAUUAAUUAGGUAAUAAUAAAUUGCUUUACUAGCUACUUGAAACACAUGGUAAACCUCAUAUUUUUUUGAUAUUAGUUUUAAACUAUGUGCAAUAAAACCUAGAUAAAUAACAAAAAAUCUGUGCACACACAUAGAUAUUGAUGGUAAGUAAUUAGCUCUCUAAAAAACGCCCUACUUCUCGAACCU